CCUAGUAAGGCAGUGGAGCUGGGGGCGGCGGAGCUCACUCGAGAUUUUGAGUCGCACUGAGUCACUUCUCCUAUGGUGAUCCCCUCCCUGCCAAUCAUGUUCCUUAGGAGCAGUGCCUCGAGUCUCCUCCGCACGCAAGUGCAUUGCGUCCUGACGAGAUCUGUCCACUCGGUGGCUGUAGUCGGAGCCCCAUUCUCUCAGGGACAGAAAAAGAAAGGAGUGGAAUAUGGCCCAGCUGCCAUUAGAGAAGCGGGCUUGCUGAAGAGGCUCUCCUCAUUGGGAUGCCACCUAAAGGACUUUGGAGAUUUGAGUUUUACAAAAGUUCCCAAAGAUGAUCCCUACAAUAAUCUGAUAGUGUGUCCUCGCUCAGUGGGCCUUGCCAACCAGGAACUGUCUGAGGUGGUUAGCAGAGCUGUGUCAGGUGGUUACAGCUGUGUCACCAUAGGAGGCGACCACAGCCUGGCAAUAGGUACCAUUAGCGGCCACGCCCAGCACCGCCCAGAUCUCUGUGUCAUCUGGGUUGAUGCUCAUGCCGACAUUAAUACACCCCUCACCACUGUAUCUGGAAAUAUCCAUGGACAACCACUUUCCUUUCUUGUUAGAGAACUACAAGACAAGGUACCACAACUGCCAGGAUUUUCCUGGGUCAAACCCUGUCUCUCUUCCCCGAGUAUUGUGUACAUUGGCCUACGAGAUGUGGACCCUCCCGAACAUUUUAUUUUAAAGAAUUAUGACAUCCAGUAUUUCUCCAUGAGAGACAUUGAUCGACUUGGUAUCCAGAAGGUCAUGGAACAGACAUUUGAUCUGCUGAUUGGCAAAAGACAGAAGCCAAUCCACCUGAGUUUUGAUAUUGAUGCAUUUGACCCUAAACUGGCACCAGCCACAGGAACCCCUGUUGUAGGGGGAUUAACUUAUAGAGAAGGGAUGUAUAUUACUGAAGAAAUACAUAAAACAGGGUUGCUGUCAGCUCUGGAUCUUGUUGAAGUCAAUCCUCACUUGGCCACUUCAGAGGAAGAGGCCAAGGCUACAGCCAGCCUGGCGGUGGACGUGAUUGCUUCAAGUUUCGGGCAGACAAGAGAAGGAGGACAUAUUGUCUAUGACCACCUCCCUACUCCUAGCUCACCAGAUGAAUCGGAAAAUGAAGAACGUGUGAGAAUUUAGGAAAUACUGUAAACUGCACCUUUCACAAUGGCAUUCAGAGUUGCAAGGCAGUUAAGGGGACACAUAUUAAGCAGCUGUCUGGAUCAAUAUUGCCUUAAUGCGAACAUCUGUGCACUCACAGCUGUAAAAUUCCCCUUCUCUAUUUGGUGACCAAUACUUCUACUGUAAAUGUAUUUGGGUUUUUUGUUUGUUUUUUGAAGUUUACAAGAUAUUAAUGUUAUACAUGUAAAUCUGAAGGAGUCAUAAACAGCAUUUAUUACCUUAGUAUACCAUACUGGUCUUGUUGCAGUUCCUUCACAUUUAUAUGGUUUUUCCAUCGCCCGCCCUCCCAGAGUCUGGCUACACAAUGCAUUCUUGAACUGUUAGCCCACAGCAGCAAUACAUAUGCCGAACACCGUUCAUUCAGAGUCAAGGUACUGGUCCACAAUCCCUUCCCGCCAGGAAGUUCAAUGGUGUCGAAAGAAUUUGUAGUACACAAGGCCGACCAGGAUGGCUAGCUCCAGUAAGAUGAUGAUGGAAAGCAGCAGCUUGUUGGUUAUCACUCUACAGAGACAAGCAGGGUAGACAUGAGUCUGGGUAACCUUAUGUCUAGCUGUUUCUAAUGCUGGAUACAGUGAGGCAGAUGGAGUCUGUUUGUUCACAUAGCCACUUAGCACUAAGGCCUAGUUCUUGGGCUACUGACAAUUCUUGGUGCUCUUCAGCUGUAACUGAAGGACAUCGCUUAGUAAUCAGACAUGUGGGAAACAGGAAUAUAAAUACCAAAACAUAAACAUGGCUUCUUAAUUCUAAAAAUAUCCUCCACUUGUAUUUCUGCUGCUUUAAAUAUGGUCCUAUCAGUUGUACAUACAGCUCUGAGUGCACAUGGAAACAGGGUUUGAGGUAUACUCCGGUUUCAAAGUUCACUAAGCUCAUGGAUGGGUCCUGCUUUUAGGUCAAGUAACUAGUGGCCUUGAGUACUGCUUUUUAGUCUCUUGUAACUUCUCCCUUCCCCCCUCUCUCCCUCUGCUCUGCUCCCUGAACAGUCACUCUAAAAAUUUUACUUCAGAUUACCAUCAUCUUUCUCCUUAUCUCACAAGGAAUUUACCACUGUUUGAGAAAAUUCUACUCUAAUUGCUAGUUAAAUAACAGAUUAUUGUAGUUCUUGUUGGCUCACAUGUACACAAAGAUGUGCCACACUACUGCACAGCCAGCUUAGCCCAGCAUCGCUACCUCCCCUUUGGCCCUGUUUUUGCUGCUGUUAGUACUUACCUCAGAUUGGUUGUUUUGUUCUAACUAGCGCAUGUGUGCACACAUGUGUGCACUACCACAGUUCACUUGUGGUAGUCAGAGGACAACUUUGGAGAUGCUUCUCUCCGUCAACUCAUCCCACAACCACCUUUACUACUUGCCAGCUUGUUUAAUACUUCUUGCUAACAGGACAGGACUCCCAAAGGGUCUGCCAUGAAAGGCAGGAACUGAGCACGAUCAGUGCUCACACUGGGCAUUGACAAAGCAGCUCAGGGAGUAGAAAAGCCCAUCGGUUCCUUAGGUGCCCUCCGAGAAAUGGAAACUGACGUUAAUGGUGUCCAGCAGACAAGCUUCCCCUGCUUUAACAAAGGACUCUAUCCUGAGAGUUUAACUGCACCCAACCUAUGCCCUUCUUUGGAUGGUGAGUGCCGGGUGCUUGUAUAGCACUAAGGUUAUUAGGACAUUUGUUAAGUUACUGUUUUAAGCUUUCUUAGUUGAAAUACAUUAAGUCUCAAGAAGAUGAGGUUUUGUUGUUUUGUUUUUUAACUUACUUUCUGGACAUUGAGCGGAGAAUCUUUCGACUUUUGCUCAAGUUUUCAUUUGUGUUUACCAGCUGAAAGAGAAAAUAACAAUCAUUUCCUUAUCCUUUGAAAAAAUUCUAUAGAAUUUGAACAGUGGGUACUAAAGGGUCUUCGCUAAAAAAUGCAACGGAUAUAAUGGCUUAUACUCGAGUCUAAGUGAAAGAACCUAGAAAGGUCCAGGCAUGUGUGUGCUCCUGGAGGAGUGGGAGGUUGUGAGGAAUCUAAACUUCACCCUGGCUAUGCAAACAGGAAGGCUAAAGGCAUGGUGGUGUACACCUUUAAUCCUAGCACAUGGGAA